GCUGACACACACACAUAAGCACAAAAAGACAUCAACUUUUUCGCUCCUUCUUCGCAUUUAUUGUUCUUUUCAAUUAUUCAUUCACAUUCUCCUUCAAAAUUACUAUUUAUUCCUAUAAAUUAUAAAUCUUUUCUUUACUGUUUUCCUUGUCUCCUCUGUUUCAUAGCUUCUGGGUUUUGGUUUCAGACCCACAAACACAGUUCGUUUGAGUUUGUGUGUUGGUCAAUAUUAGAGAAGGAAAUGACCGUAGACAACAGAAUGAACGAUUCCCCCGACGAUUUUCCCGUCGGAAUGCGUGUUCUCGCGGUUGACGAUGACCCCACCUGCCUCUUAGUUUUGGAAACUCUCCUCAGAAGAUGUCAAUACCAUGUUACCACGACUAAUCAAGCAAUAACGGCAUUGGCGCUGUUGAGAGAACACAAGGACAAGUUUGACCUGGUAAUCAGUGAUGUGCACAUGCCAGACAUGGAUGGAUUUAAGCUGCUUGAGCUAGUGGGACUUGAGAUGGACCUUCCUGUCAUAAUGUUGUCUGCAAAUGGUGAUACAAAGCUGGUGAUGAAGGGGAUUGCUCACGGAGCCUGUGAUUAUCUGCUGAAACCUGUGAGAAUGGAGGAGCUCAAGAACAUUUGGCAGCAUGUAAUCAGGAGGAAGAAGUUUGACUCAAAAGAGAAGAAGAAAACCAGCAACCUAGACAAACCUACUUCUGAUAGUGGCAAUGGACUAGGGUCAUCAGGAGCAGGAAAUUCUGAACAAAAUGAGAAGCUGACUAAAAAAAGGAAGGAUCAAGAUGAGGAUGAAGAUGAGGAACAGGAGAACGAUCAGGACAAUGAGGACCCGUCAACCCAAAAGAAGCCUCGGGUUGUUUGGUCUGUGGAGCUGCACCGCAAGUUUGUUGCUGCUGUUAAUCAGCUUGGCAUUGACAAGGCUGUACCUAAAAAAAUUCUUGAUCUGAUGAAUGUUGAAAAGCUUACAAGGGAGAAUGUGGCAAGCCAUCUCCAGAAGUAUAGGCUUUAUCUGAAAAGAAUUAGCUGUGUGGCUAACCAGCAGGCUAAUAUGGUGGCGGCCUUAGGAGGUGCAGAUGCAUCCUAUUUGAGAAUGAGUUCUGUGAGUGGGGUUGGACAUUUACAAACAUUAAGUGGUUCAGGACAGCUUCAAAACAAUGGUUUCAGAUCCUUUCCAUCUAGUGGGAUAAUUAAUAGAUUGAACACCCCUGCUGGUUUGAAUGUGCAUGGAUUCCCAUCUGGAGUACUUCAAUUGAGUCAAUCACAAAAUUUAAACCACAAUGAUCAUCUUAAGUUCCAGUCAGCCAUGGUUCCUGUUAAUCAGAAUGGCAUUCAGGGGAUGCCAAUGUCUGUAGGGCUUGAUCAAUUGCAAAACAAUAAAGGUGUUAUUUCUGUUCACUUUGAUGCCAAAACUUUUCCCAUCUUGAAUAAACUCUCAGAUCCAAGACCAAAAGUAACCACAUCUGGCUCUCACACUCCAGAUCUGGGUAUCUCAAACAAUGCCUUGAUGGUGGAACCACGCCUUCAAGGCACACAAGGGAGUGUAAGAUAUGAAACUUUAUCUUCAUCACCAGCCUCUCAAAAUUCAGAGUUUUCCUUGUCUAUGCUGGAUCAAGGUAGAUAUAGUGAUAAUUGGUCAAGUGCUGUUCAGCCAUCUGUGAUUCAGACAAACUCUUACCCUCCAAGUGAAUGUUUUAGACGGACUAAUAUACGUCCUACAGAUAACAUGGCUUCUGUACCCUUGCAAGGUGGGAAUUUGAGUGGUCCAUCCAUCACUUCACUGUCUAGACAACCCCAUGAUUCAAUUACAGAUAUGCACUCUGAAGGUGUGAUUUUUACUAACAGACCUGGUCUGUUAAGCAGUAAUGCGCCAUUUCAAGGGUGGGAUGACCAUAGUCAGGAUGCUACUCACCAUUCAAAUAUUAUGUUUGGAUCAAUAAACUCACUGAAUCCAGUUAAUGGUGCAGCAACAGACUCAAAUUUACACAGAAACUUGGACUUUAGCUAUUGUGAUCCUUUACAAAUGAAGCAUGAUGGGUUUGUGGAGUUAACUGAAGAGACCUCAUUGAAACAUCAGGGGAAUAUCAUGAACCAGCAGAAGUCUCAACAAAGUGGUUUUUCUAAUAAUCUUGGUUCGCUGGAAGACUUGGUUAGUUCGAUGAUGAAACAAGAGAAAGAUCAGAUGAAAUUAUUGGAUGGAAACCUCAUUUGCGAUAAUUACACGGGUGGGGUAUCUAUGUGAUGGCAGUUAGCAGGUUUGGCAGCACAUAUCAGCAUCAUGCAUCCUGGUUGAUGAAUUUUGUAGUUUUCAGUGUGUGUAACCGCUUUUGUCUAAAUGUAGUUUUGUGUAGGGUUUAGUUUUUCCAGAUUACUUUUUCCUGGGUUAAGUUCUCUAGGUUUCUUCCAUUAAGGGCUUUCUAAUUUUAUACAAACAAAUGCGUUGUCCUUGGCCUCGGGUCCAGCGAUGUAUUAUGAAGUUAUUAAUCAUGUUUAAUCUCCAUAGAAUAUUGACCUGCAAAUUGGACCUAGAUCUUCUCCCAUAGCUACACUUGAAGUGAGGAGAGAGAGACACAAGUUCCUGGAACCUUCUCACAAAUGAGAUCCGCUUGAACCGUGUGUCUAUCUCACUCCUCGUUACAGGUGUAACAGAUGGAGAGACACCAGGGGUUAUAUGUUUGUUAGGAAUCCAUAAACAAGAUUAUAAUGAUUAUGAUGAAUGACAAUAAACACGGAUUUCCCCUUUUAUGCUUGGA